AUGUUGCCACUGCUUACACUCUUACGCCUCUACUAUUUAACACUGAUCAGCACGUCAUCUAUAUCCACAGUAGUCCCAACCUUACGUGCCUCACUUCUCAAAUAUGGUAAAACGUAUUCCGCAGAAGCUGCUCCUGUCCUGGGCAGAGUUACAGUUGCUAAAUCUUUAUUUUGGCAGUUUUAUGUUAUUGGAUUCAUUUGGGUAUCCCUUCUCUUGGUUGACAUUUUAUAUUUGAGAUUUAGCUUUAUACCAUGGCUUGUCCAUAUAUGGUGUGAUGAAAGCGAUUAUGAUGCAUAUUACAGACAAGAUACUGAUGUGUGUCUGAUAGGCUUGAUGAUGCUGUUUAUACAAGUGUCUAGGAGAGGUUAUGAAUGCUUUUUUGUGGAAAAACCAAGCAAGGAUGCUAGGAUGCAUAUAGGACACUACCUCGUCGGAAUAACAUUUUAUCUGGUUACAGGCUUGGCUGUGUGCAUCGAAGGUUUUGGAAAUUUAGGCGUAUUUGAUGUCAACGCAUCUUUUCUAGUGUUUCCAUUGGUAACUUCUCUGGUUAAACCCAAGAUUAUUUUUUCUGCCAUUCUCUUUGUCAUUGCUUCAUAUCAUCAACACAAGCUACACAAAAUAUUAGCAUCAUUACGCGGACCCAACUCUCCCAAAUACUCCGUGACAAAAGGGGAUUGGUUUGAUCACAUUUCUAGUGCACAUUAUUUUGCUGAAAUAUUAAUCUAUUUGAGUUUUGUCAUGCUUAACAACGGGGAAAAUAUCACAUUAUGGCUAGCGUUCUUGUGGACAAUUGUUGGAUUGGGCGUUACUGCUAGAGAGAAUGAUCAGUGGGGAAAGGAAAAAUUUAAGGAAGAUUGGCCCCGAAACCGUUAUGUCAUUAUUCCUUGGAUUUAUUAG